AAACGAGGUCAAAUUAAUGAUUUCCUGAAACAAAUAUUGUGAAAAUGUCUACUCCUAUUAGCGAUGAAAAAACAAAAAGUAAACGUCCUAAAGAUACAAAGUUCAAACAACAGAAGUUACCUGCUUGGCAGCCCAUACUCACUGCAGGAACAGUCCUACCAGCAUUCUUCGCAAUAGGAAUAGCUUUCAUACCUCUAGGGGUCGCCCUUCUCAUCACAGCAAAUAAUGUCCAGGAGAAGAUAGUUGAAUAUACAACAGACAACUGUGUAUCAUUAAGCAACCCAACAGAGACAUGUGCAAAGUUCCUUGAAAACAAGGACAAUGUUGGCCAAAUGUGCAAUUGCAGGGUCACCUUUAACCUCACAGAUGAUUUCCAGGGAAAUGUCUUCAUGUACUAUGGACUUUCAAACUUCUACCAGAAUCAUAGGAGGUAUGUGAAGUCUCGCGAUGACUAUCAGCUGCUUGGCAAAGGUGGAGCUGCAUCAGAAUGUGAACCAUAUAGGAACUACCAGUACAAUGACUCCACCCCUGAAAUACCAUAUGCUCCAUGUGGAGCCAUUGCUAACAGCCUCUUUAAUGAUUCGUUCACUCUGACAUAUAAUGCUGCCAGUGGUGACAUCCCUGUAGGACUCAACAGGAGGGGAAUAGCUUGGUCUACAGAUAGAGAUGUCAAGUUCAGGAAUCCACCAGGGGCAUCCCUUGAUGAAGCCUUUGCAAAUACCCGGCAGCCAAUGAACUGGCAACAUAAUAUCACACAGCUAGACCCUGAUGACCCAGAUAACAAUGGCUACCAGAAUGAAGACCUGAUUGUAUGGAUGAGGACAGCUGCCCUGCCAACAUUCCGCAAGCUUUACAGGAAGAUUAACCACAACUCAGAUCCUGUCUUUAACGGAAAACUCCCUAAGGGACAAUAUACAUUAGAUAUCAACUAUG